CGUAAUUGUUCUUACGGGCCAAAAAAUGCUUAUGCAAAAAUCAACCUUUCUCUUACAAAAAUAAACAUCUCUACCUCCAAAAAAUCAUCCUAGCCAAAUUACAAAAAUGUCCUCAACAGUAUUUCCAUACCUCUACCAUCAACAGAAUUUCGCUGACAGUGGCAGUCAUGGCCUGGUAUUCAGCUUCAGCAGAGGAACGUGCAACAACGGUCUGCUUCUUGGUGCACCAAGAAAUAGAAGAAGCACCCAACCGAAUGAAGUAGGUGGUGGUCGAACGACGGGUGGUGGGACAACCACCCCAAUCUACAUCACAGUAACCAUUAAGAGAAAGUGAACUAUGAGCAAGAAAAAACAAACCACGACCUGGAGACUCCUUGAGAUAUCGAAGGACACGAUGGGCUGCAUCCCAGUGUGCCUGUGUAAGAGCAUGCACAGCCUGACUGAGUAUAUUGAAUGUGUAAGUGAUGUCGAGGCGGGUGAUAGUGAGAUAUAAGAGCCGCCCGACGAGACGACGAAAAGCUGAGGAAUCAGGAGCUAGAAGUGAUUCAAGACAGCCAAGCUAAUGGUUCUACUCGAUGGGAGAAGGGCAAGGCCGAGCAGCUGGAAGACUAGAAUCGGUAAGUAUAUCGCCGAGUAUACUUCCUUUGGUUGAGGAUGAUGCCUUUGGGAGAAUGGACAACUUCAAUACCCAAAAAAUACUUGAGAGGCCCUAAGUCCUUGAUGGUAAACCGAUCAUGCAAGAAACUCUUGACUUUCUGAAUAAAGGUGGGAUCAUCACCUGUGAGUAUGACAUCAUCUACGUAGAUGAGAGCUGCAACGAAGGAAGAAGAGGUGCGUCGGACAAAAAGAGAGGGAACUGCAGCUUGUUAUAUGCCACCUGCAAAACAGUGUGUUCUUCACGUUACAAAACAGAGACAAGGAAAUGUAAAACAGAAAUUUAGAUUACAAUGAUAGUAAAACUCCAGGUGGCGAUCUCUCAUUCGUCCGGUAACUAUCCACUCAACGAUAAACUCCAAGUCUCCGCAACGGCGUCGCUUUGGCUCUUCGUUUAAGUUGAGUGUGUUUUUCUUCACUUCUAACAACUCUGCAAUCUUCAUUUCACUUCUGCAGGUUGUCAUCUUCAUCAUCUUCGGUUGAUAGCGGCCGCCCGAUUCACCACACCCAUCACCCAACCGCCAUUGCCACUGAUAUCGCCACCAGGUGCCAUAGUUGGAAAUGGUGGACCAAAUAGAAGUGAUGGUAUGAUAGAUUUUGAUUGGGAAGAUGACGAAGAAGAAGGAAUCGAGGAUUUGGAUUAUGAUUUUCUUCUUCUUCUUGUUUGUUUGGCUUUUUUUUUUUUUUCAUUAAUUGAGGGGACGGUUUAGGGGCUUGGAGUUCGAGUUGGGUCACGAUUGAGAAGGGUGGGUUGGGGAAAUGAUGUGGCAUGUCAGGUUUAGCCAUGUGACCAGUUGAAAUUGGGAGAGUCAGCACUUCUAGUAUUCAAGUCAGCAAAUGAUGGAUGGCGUUAACGAAGAGGGAUUAAACUUGGAUUGUUUAACUAAUUUUAGUAAUUACGAGUGAAUAAUAAAAAGUGACCAAACAUGUAAUUUUUUAGUAGUCUCAGUGACCAAACUUGCAAUUCACCCAAGAAGAAGGAUUUGGGGUUGGAAAAUUAUGUUGUUUUUAAUUUAAAUGUAAUAAUUUGACAUUAGUGAA